CCCGGAGUGAUGUUGGCUUUUCGGAUGCUCUUUAACCGGACCCGGAGCUGAGGCAAACACGUUAUUUUCCGCGUGGUCUGAGGAACAUUUCGACCUAACCAAGAGUACAGAUUUCCCCUAGUCAUGCAGAAGGUGGAGGGAGGCGGCACCCAAGUUAGCCUCAUUUCUUCCCAGGGUCCUAGUGCCCCUGGAUCACCUGCCACCAGCAUCACGACCCGUGUGGAUGACGAGGUGGUGGGCUACCGGGACCUGGCGGCCAUCCCCAGGGACAAAGCCAUCCUGGAGGUGGAGAGACCCGACCUCAUGACCUACCGACCCCACCUCAGCUUCUCCUCCCUGGACCCCCCGCGCAGAGAGAGAUCCCUGUCCCCAACGUCUUCUACCCCGGCAUCUCCUGAGAGAAUGAAGGUGAGUUGUGAAGAGGUUCAACUGAAGAGUACAGCAGAGAGUGAGAGUGGCUCCCCUGGUGGAUCAUCUCUGCAACUACACCAGGGCCGCAAGAUCAGCAUGCAGCACUUUCACACACCAGAUAAUGGCUCCAACAUCUAUGGGAAACCACCCAUCUAUAAACAAGAAGGGGCCAAGCAUGGUGAGGGGAGCAUCAUCCAGUCCUCCCAGUUCCCGGCGGCCCAGCGACCGGACCCCAGCCUGCCCUCCAAGAUAGAGACCGAGUACUGGCCCUGCCCCCCCUCCCUGGCCUCCAUGGAGAUCGAGUGGAGCAAGAAGAAGCUGGAGGAGGAGGACGAUGACGAGUUCGAGGACCUCACUGAGGAGGCCAAGAAACUGCAGGAGCAGGAGCUGGAGAAGAUCAAGUCUAACCUUGGCCGUCUGAUCCUGAAGGAGGAGAAGGAGAAGGUCUCCUUCAGGAGAAAGACACAGUCUCUGCCAGACAGAACACACAUGCACACCAGUCUAACCUCUGGGGUCACACACUCUCCCUGUCGCUCAGGCCUGACCAGGAUGCAGUCUGCUGAAUUUCCUAUAGAGAGCGACAAAGGACCACUAGCAGCUCAGGAUGGGGAGUCUAGGAGGGAGAGGCUGGACAGAGGGAACUCACUCCCUAGUAUUCUGGAGCAAAAGAUCCACCCGUAUGAAACGCUCAUCGUGACACACAGGGGGCGCACUAAGCUGCCGCCGGGAGUCGACCGGACCCGACUAGAGAGGCAUCUGUCUCCAGAGGAUUUUCAGCAGCUGUUCGGAAUGCCCAUCGCCGAGUUCGACCGCCUGUCGCUAUGGAAACGAAAUGAACUCAAGAAGAAAGUCUCACUUUUCUAACAGGAAGUGACAUCAUUCCUUGAAAUAGAGAACCUCUGCUCUGCGUGAAACCAAGGACCACUAAAGGGUAACCAAUCACAUCCAUCAAUCAAACGUCAGGGGCUAUCUAAUUGGCUGAAAUUGGACCAGGCAAUAUCACUCGCAACUUGUGGCAAUCACGUGGCAACCUAUUAGUGUGAGAUGAUGUUUGCUUGCUGGGGAUUGGUUAACCUUCUAACCAAACUACUAAACCUUGGAACAACUAUAGUAUAGUAUCUGCCAUAUUAGUCUAUACUACUAACCCAACCAAAACCUCCCGUCUGUGGUCCCAUCCUAUAGGCCCGUUUCUGACGGCUGUGCAGAGUGGACUAUACAUAGUAUAAUGAUUGGAAUAGGAUUAUUAUAUCAGAUGUAUAUAUAUAGCGAGAACUCCGGCUCUUACUAACCUAUGACUCGGACACUAACGACCAUCAACUGGUGCACUGGCAGUUGAGCGGUCAGCAUUCCAAGGGGAGACGUUCCCUCCGACAUCACCAGUGCAGCACUAACAAUCACCAUAGCUAGCCGUUAGCAUCUCAUCUCCUAGAGUACUCUGUGUUUUGUCCGUAUUCACAGCGCGCCAUCACCCUCACACAUACGUUUUGAUUCAUUAAUGAACAUUUGGAUGUUAUUACAUACUGUCCUUGGGCAAAUAUUGCGUCAUCUCGGAGGUGACCAGGAUUGUAAAGGUUUGAUAAUAGGGGGAAAUGUCAUCGAUAUCCAGUAGGACUAGUUUCUCAAGUUUGAGUGUGUUCAGUAUAUAAUGCCAUGAGGUGAAUGAGGCUCUAAGUGGGAAUUUAUUUAUUAAAUGAUUGUGUUUGACUAUUAUCUGCCUUAGGGGGGGGCUGUUUGUUACAAUGUUAUUACGUUGCUUUUUAUAUUGUAAGGAAAAACUUUCUGUACAGAUAUUUUUUUUCAUUUCCCCAUGAGCCACAGUGAAUGGGAUGGACCAUUUCUGGAAAGUUUUUUUUUUUUUUUUCUCAUUUAUAAAAAUACCAUACUUCAAACAAAAACGUACUAAUGAUCAAUUAGGUGUUCAAUCGUGUGAUGAGGUAGCUUAUCCAAUAACUGAAACGCACUAUUCCUUCGUCGUUUUGUGGUGUGCGCUCAUUCAUUAUCCAACAACGAUAGCUGCAUCCUGCUUGCUUUUCCGCCAAACCUCCACUCUCCUUUCUGUUGGUUGUACAAUAAAGCAAAUAAAUUAAAUACGACAAAAAAAAUUAAAGCUUAGGAUUUGGUAUGGUUUCUUUUCUUCCUCUAAA